CUGCUUCCUCUUUUUCCCCAUAUAUAUAGCCAUGCACAUCCCCUGUUAUUCAACAACUCAAAAAUAAAAAUUCAAAUUCUUUCAUUUGUUUCUUCUCUGCUAGCCCUUUAGAAACUUUCCAGAUUCUUCACAAUAUUUGCAGUUUCGAGAUAUAUAUAAUUACGAACUAAACAUGCCUCAAGAGAGCUACUUAGGACAAUUUCCAAUGGAGAAAUUAUCUCUAGCUCUGCAUACAAUUCCGCUUUCCUUUUGGUUUUUUGGGUUUCUUGAGCUAUUCUUUUCUCAUAUGAUUUACAAUUGGAUUAGUAGAGGUAUUAGUUAUUUUUCAAGAUCUUCAUCCUCCUCCAUCCAGUACAAGUCCGCGCUAUCGGGUAGUUUCAGAGCUAAACUACCCGAUAGCUCGGUACUGGUUGAUGAUGGGAGUUUGAGCAGAGAAGAUGUUGAGACAGUGAUGCAAAAUCUUGGACUUUUUUAUCAGCCUGAAGACUUGAAUCUUCAGGGGAGGUUUAGUUCAGAUGAGUUUAUAAAUAUGUUCGAAGAAAAUGAGGCUAGCUUGGAUGAGGUUCGAGAGGCUUUUGAUGUCUUUGAUGAAAACAGAGAUGGAUUUAUUGAUGCAAGGGAGGUUCAGAAAGUUGUGAGGGCUCUGGGACUGAAUGAAAAUUCGGAGAUGGAGAAUUGCAAGAUGAUGAUCAGUGAGUUUGAUGAAAACGGAGAUGGGAGGAUUGAUUUUCAAGAAUUUGUGAGACUGAUGAAUGAGAGCUUUAAUUGAUUCUUUUCCUUCUUGUAUGCAAGGAUUGAGAGUCAUGGUUGGCCAAUCUUUUGUUCUCGCUAUUUUUUCAUUGAUUGUUAUGCUUGUCUUGUUCUUUUGUAUAUAAAUUAUUUGGCACU